AAAAUUUUUCAGAAAAAUCACUUUUCUAAUGAUAAAUUGGGUAGUUUUAUGGUUUGAGGCUUGAAAAACGUAAAAAGGAGCUCCUCAGGCGUUGGUUUCAUUGAAAUUUAUCGAGAUUCGUAAAAAUAUUUCUUCAGUGUCAUGUCAAAAACUUGUAUCGUUUGUAAUUCCUGGCCCGAAUUUCAGCGAUUUUCCGAAAAUGACUUGUUCGAGCUCGUUUCUGUGACCUCCGAAGAUACCGCAAUGUUGGAUUGGUUAUCGAUGAAUGUUAUUUAUAACGAUAUUGAUCCCUCUAUCUGCGAGGCCCACUUUUUAAAAGAAAAUUUCACGCGAGAUUGCGACGAACGAGGCUUACCUCUUCUCCAAUUGGCGAAUAAUUCAGUAACUCCGACUUUUGUGACGUACGAAGAGUGUUUGUCUAAUAAUAGGAUCAGCUCUUACACGGAUUUCCUCUUGCAUUAUCACAAAUGUCUCAAUACGCAGCCAAAUUGGAACAUGGAAGCGACCGAAAGUGAAGUAACGUUCAUGUUGAAGCGUUAUGAAGUCAUAAUUCGCGUAAAAAGCAACAUGAAAGUUAUUGUGCAGGAAGGAAAUUCAAUUUUUGAAGGCGGUUCGAUAUUGGAAUCGAAUUUAAACAACGGAUUUGCCGAAUUUUGGUCCAAAAUGAGAAGUUUGAUGCUUUUUUGUGAGGAAAAUCACCCGUUAACUGAUGUCAUGACACGUUUGGGAGCUACCAUCAUGCUUGAAACGAACGAUGAGGAGAUGUUCAGCUCAUUAGACGACGUUUUAUGUUACAUUAAAACGAUUCUCGAUGAAAAUUGGCUUUACGAAUCUGUCCCCGAGAACAAUUUCAUCGUCGGAUAUCAACUCCAAUCAAUUGGCAUCCCAAGAAUAUCGAAAUCUAUAAGAGUUAACCCUGAUUUUUCGAUGAUUGGACAUGUAAGCGGCGAAAUAAUUGGUACAAAAAAUCCCGGAACGAUUCGUUUUUUGCAAUCCAUGAACCAGCAACCCAUCGAAGUCGUUGAAACGGAAGACGAAGAAGCGAAUUGGAAUGUUUCUGGUGUCGAUCCGUCAAAUCCCGAUCAAAUUCAGUCGUUUGAAAUGCUCGUCGAACGCAUCGGGGAGCAUAUUUUACCCGAAUGGCAAGUUGUUGUUGUCGAUACGAACCUGUUGCUGUACAAAACGGAUAUGAGAACAAUUCCAAAACUUAAAACUGUGAUACGAAUCAACAAAAAUUUGAAUUGUUCGAUGUUUGUAAAUGAAACGGGGAUCGUUAUGAGUUCAAUUAUACCGGGAUUCGAAGAAAGUAUCUUGACUUUUACGACAUUAGAGCUGUUAAUGGGGGAACAAAUCGAAUUAUCAACGAGUACGGAUGACAUUGUUGCUCCUGAAAUCGAAGAAGGAGAAAUUUUACAGGAAAAACGAAGAAAUGACUUUCAAGAAGACGAACCUGCUUCAAAGAGACAAUGUCCCGAUGGCGAUUCUGAUGUCGAAAUUAUCACAGAUGACCCUCUCGCGAUAGUUGAACCGCCAAAACUACGGAAAAAAUCUCUUCCCGAACCAUCUUCGAGUCUCAAAUGUCCCGAAUGUGGCGAAGUUAAAGCUAAUUCAAGCGCUUUGGCACGUCACGUGAUCAAACAUCAAACGGAAUUCGAAUGCCAGCUAUGCGGGAUUGUAUUUUCCACGCCUCAGGAGUUACGGAGUCACAUGGAUUCGACGCAUUCAACUACAGUAUACUUCAAAUGUAGGCAUUGUCAAAGGACAUUUGCGUUGGAAAAGGACUUAAAAACUCAUAUUAAUGCUGAACAUUCCGUAAAUGAGCUCUGUCCGAUAUGCGAUGCGCCUUUUAAAAGCAUGGAAAAUAUGUACGAGCAUAUUAAAGACACCCACAGGAUACGAGAUCCCGAAGGAAGAAGCAUUUGUCCCAUUUGUCGAUCCGCCUAUAAGCAUAGUUACACGAUGAAUCGCCAUUUCAGAGAUUGCCAUAUAAAUUAUCCGCAUUUUAAACACUUGAAAUGUCGAUUUGAUGAAAGUCCUUUGGUCACAUGCAGGUUGUGUGGGUUACAAAAUGAACAAUAUAGCUUUAUGAUGCGACAUAUGAAGCUACAUUUCCCGCAAAAACGGAAAAAACGAACUGUUGUAACUUUUGAACAGAUUCCUGUUGAAGAAGAAGGCGAAAUUUGUAGCGAAAUAAUCGAAAAUAACGAAAUUUAUGACGAAAUAAUUACCGGAGAUGACUUCCAUGAAGACUUUAAUUCGAUAAAUGAUCAACAAAAUUACCUCGAAGAAGGAGAAAUUCAAAAUUAUGACCAAGAAGUUGAAUUUCAAUGUCCAAAUUCAGGCUGUUCCUUUACUUCCAAUUCAAAAGAAGCUCUCGUUAUCCAUUCAAAAUGUCAUAAAAACCUGAAUUUGAGUCUCCAUGACGAAGCAGAAGUAAUAAAUCUCUCUGACGACGAAGACUCAUCUAAAAAAGAGAAAGAAAAACCUUAUCAUUGUACAGUUUGUCCGUACAAGGGAGCAACUUACGCGAAUUUGGCGCAACAUCAAGGAUAUCACAAGUCAAAUUUUCAAUGCGACAUUUGUGAGAGAUAUUUUCCAUCGAAAUUUCUCCUAACUCGUCACAGGAAAAUUCAUGCUGGGCGAGAUUAUGACCUACGUGCGACGAAUUACGGGCAAAAUAUUGAAGAAGGGGAGGUUUUGCCUGUCAAGGAAGUCGUUAGUGCGAGUUAUGUACAAAUUGUUGAUGAGUCGCUUGGGAAUUGCGAUGAAAUAGAUAUCAAAGAAGAGUCCAUAUUAGGAUAAAAAGUUGCAAUAAAUCAUGAA